CCCUCUUUUGUUCUCAACUACUAUACGAUGGCUUCUUCUUCUUCUGUUCGUUUGUUUGCAACUGCCUCACUCUUGGUGAUGCUCUUCAUGGCCUCUGGGAUGGGAAUAAUGGCUGCGGGUCCCAGAAUGUGCUCGUCGAAAAGUGAAAAGUUCAGGGGGGCAUGUAUUUUUGCCAACGGCAACUGCAAUACAGUUUGCAAGUCUGAGGGGUUUUCCAGUGGGACCUGCACCGGUUCCUUCCCCCCCAUCUGCACCUGCACCAAGCCUUGCUGCUAACUACAUUGCUUGCUUCAACUUCAAUUGGAUCAGUGUUUAUAUAUACAUACAUAUAUAGCUAAAUAAAUAAAAUGUCCCAAAUAAUAUAAUCCAAACAUGCAUGCAUGCAUGGUACGUGGAGUUUGUCUGCUAUGCUUUCAGUGCUUUAAUUGGUGGCUGCCAAGCUCCUCGAUCUCAUGCAUGUUGUUUGGAUUUGGUUGUUCGUUACAUAUAUCUUAUGUAUUCA